AUGCAUCGGGUACGGGUGGAGCGUGAUUUGAUGAAUCAAAUGGAGGCACCUUACGGGCCGAGAAUGCCCCCGCCGCCUCAAAUGGGACCGCAGGGAUUCUAUCCUCCAGGUCACGGCGGGCCAUCGCCACCGCCCCAUCAUGCUUACGGUCCUCCCCCGCCAUUCGGUCCAUUUGGUCCGCCGCCUAAUCAUAUGGGUGGACCUCAGUUCAACGAGCCACCCCCACAUUUUGCACCGCCGCCGCCGCCUCAUCAUCACCAACAUCAAAUGCAUCCGCAUCAGCAACCACCACCACCUAAUUUCCCUCCGUCCACAAUGGGUCCUCCGUCUCAUUUAAUGCCCCCACAGAUGUUUCAAUCACAAACACCGCCAAUGCAUUCAAAUAUGCCCCAUCCUUCCCAGCAUGCACCACCACCGCCACCACCUCCAUUCAAUAACAAUUGGGGAUAUCAGGAAUCGCCACCUCACCUUCAGCCACAACACCAGCCACCACCCCCGCAACAUCAAUACCAUCCACUGCCUCCUCCAAUGCGAGUUGCUACUCCACCAAGGGAUUCCAUAACCAGUAACGGUGAUCCAGAGAAAGAUAGAGCCAUUCUGGCUGAUAUUGCCAAAGCACGUGAAGAGAUAAUCAGCUCUGAACAGAACUUGGCAGCUCAACACAAAGUUCUUAUGGAAGAUUCUUUGCCGGUUAAAAUUGAUGAAAUGAUCAACAAAGCACUUGAUGACGAGGUGAAGAGAAUGUGUGAAGAUUAUAGCAUCAACUUGAAUGAAUUUGACAGGACGCUUACACCUAUUAUUGAAACGUGUCGAAAAGAAUCUAUCGCCAAUGGAAAAAGUUGGAUAUUCAAUAACUGCACUACUCAAGAGCACUACGAUGCUGUAGCAAAGCAUUUACUCAAAAGAAUCACUCGAAUACCGUGCACAUUUGAUGCAAAGCUUCACUUGAUGUAUCUCAUCAAUGAUCUGUAUAACCACUGCAUGAGAAAAGGCUCAGAGCAUCUGCGCGAAGCAAUCAACCAGAUCAUCGUUCCUGCAUUCUGCACUACUGUAAUUGAGGCCGAUGAAGACCGAAAACAAAAGAUGAACAAACUUCUCAAGUUGUGGGAAAUGAAUCAGUACCUUGAAACCCCAGUUUUGGAUAUCACAAAUGAGCAAACUAUCAAGUACAGCCAGUUGAGCAAGCAGCAUGCGGAAUAUAAGAAACAUAAAGAGGGCAUCAUUCAGAAGCUGGAGCAACAGCUGACGCAGCCUUUAUCUGGAACGAAUGGACCGCCUCAAAAUUCAAACGGUAAAUGGAAGUUUCAAGUCAGCAGCUAG